CAAGUGCAUGCUUACAGGAUCGGAUAUGCUGAGCCGGAGAUGCCUACGUAUGGGCUGCAGCAGCCUCCUAGCUACAAGCCAGAGCAACCUCCUAGCUACAAGCCAGAGCAACCUCCUAGCUACAAGCCCCACCCCCAGCAGCAGCAUCCUAGCGACAAGCCCCAGCAGCCUCCUAGCUACAAGCCAAAGCAGCAGCAGCUGCAGCAUCCUAGCUACAAGCCCCAGCAGCAGCAUCUUGGCUACAAGCCCCAGGAGCAGCAGCAGCAUCCUAGUUACAAGCCCCAGCAGCAGCAUCCUAGCUACAAGCCUCAGCCCCAGCAGCAGCAACAUCCUAGCGACAAGCCCCAGCAGCAGCAACAUCCUAGCUACAAGCCCCAGCAGCAGCAACAUCCUAGCUACAAGCCCCAGCAGCAGCAACAUCCUAGCUACAAUCCCCAGCAGCAACAUCCUAGCUACAAGCCCCAGCAGCCGCAACAUCCUAGCUACAAGCCCCAGCAGCAGCAGCAGCCCCAGCAGCCUUCUAGCUACAAGCCCCAGCAGCCUUCUAGCUACAAGCCCCAGCAGCAUCUAGCUACAAGCCACAGGAGCCUAGCUACGACCAGCAGCAUCCUAGCUACAAGCCCCAGCAGCCGCAGCAGCAGAAGCAGCAGCAGCAGCAGCAUCCUAGCUACAAGCCCCAGCAGCAGCAACAGCCUAGCUACAAGCCCCAGCAGCAGCAGCAGCAGCCCCAGCAGCCUUCUAUCUACAAGCCCCAGCAGCCUUCUAGCUACAAGCCACAGGAGCCUAGCUACGACCAGCAGCAUCCUAGCUACAAGCCCCAGCAGCCGCAGCAGCAGAAGCAGCAGCAGCAUCCUAGCGACAAGCCCCAGAAGCAGCAUCCUAGCGACAAGCCCCAGCAGCAGCAGCCUAGCUACAAGCCCCAGCAGCAGCAGCCUAGCUACAAGCCCCAGCAGCAGCAGCAACAUCCUAGCUACAAGCCCAAGCAGCAGCAGCAGCAGCAACAUCCUAGCUACAAUCCCCAGCCCCAGCAGCAGCAACAUCCUAGCUACAAGACCCAGCAGGAACAUCUUAGCUACAAGCCCCAGCAGGAGCAACAUCCUAGCUACAAGCCUCAGCAGCAGCAGCAACAUCCUAGCUACAAGCCCCAUCAGCAGCAGCAACAUCCUAGCUACAAGCCCCAGCAGCAGCAACAUCCUAGCUACAAGCCCCAGAAGCCUUCUAGCUACAAGCCACAGGAGCCUAGCUACGACCAGCAACAGCCCCAGCAGCAGCAGCAUCCUAGCGACAAGCCCCAGCAGCAACAUCCUAGCUACAAGCCCCAGCAGCAACAUCCCAUUUACAAGCCCCAGCAGCAGCAGCAGCAGCCUUCUAGCUACAAGCCACAGGAGCCUAGCUACGACCAGCAACAGCCCCAGCAGCAGCAUCCUAGCGACAAGCCCCAGCAGCAGCAGCAGGGGCAUCCUAGCGACAAGCCCCAGCAGCAGCAGCAGCAGCAUCCUAGUGACAAGCCCCAGCAGCAGCAGCAGCAGCAUCCUAGUGAACAGAGCCCUCAGCAGCAGCAACAUCCCAGCUACAAGCCCCAGCAGCAGCAACAUCCCAGCUACAAGCCCCAGCAGCAGCAGCAACAUCCCAGCUACAAGCCGCAGCAACAUCCCAUUUACAAGCCCCAGCAGCAGCAGCAGCAGCAGCAGCAACAUCCCACUUACAAGCCCCAGCCCCAGCAGCAGCAGCAACAUCCUAGCUACAAGCCCCAGCAGCAGCAGCAACAUCCUAGCUACAAGCCCCAGCAGCAGCAGCAACAUCCCAUUUACAAGCCCCAGCAGCAGCAGCAACAUCCCACUUACAAGCCCCAGCAGCACUAGCAGCAACAUCCUAGCUACAAGCCCCAGCAGCAGCAGCAGCAACAUCCUAGCUACAAGCCCCAGCAGCCGCAGCAGCAACAUCCUAGCUACAAGCCCCAGCAGCCGCAGCAGCAACAUCCUAGCUACAAGCCCCAGCAGCCCCAGCAGCAGCCGCAGCAGCAACAUCCUAGCUACAAGCCCCAGCAGCCCCAGCAGCAGCCGCAGCAGCAACAUCCUAGCCACAAGCCCCAGCAGCAGCAACAUCCUAGCUACAAGCCCCAGCAGCAGCAAGAUCCUAGCUACAAGCCCCAGCAGCAUCCUAGCUACAAGCCCCAGCCGCAACCGCAGCAUCCAAGCUACAAGAAUCCUAGCUACAAGCCCCAGCAGCAGCAGCAAUAACAUCCCAUUUAUAAGCAGCAGCAGCCUAGCUACAAGCCCCAGCAGCAGCAGCAGCAACAUCCUAGCUACAAGCAGUAACUCAGAAGUUUGCAUUCUGUACCUUUGCUUCAUUGAAAGUUCCAUCAAAUCCUUCAAUGAUAUAAAGUUCUCAAUUGUGUUCCUGCCAUGA